AUGACCAGCGAAACUGCCAAUGGCCAGUCCGAUAGCUCUUCCAACCGCAUCAUAAGAGUGGCCAUCAUUGGGGCUGGUGGCCACUUGGGUCGUCACAUCGUCUCUCAACUCCUCAAAAUCGGGAAGCAUAGCCUCACCGCCAUCACCCGUCCCGACAGUACCGCCUCGAUUACAGACGAGAUCCGCAUCGUCCAUGUGGACUACACCAGUGACGAUGACGCGGCCUUGGUAGCCGCCCUCGAAGGCCAACAGGCCCUCGUCAUUACUAUGUCCGUCACCGCCCCUCGCGACACCGUGCUCAAGCUCAUCCGCGCCGCCGCAAAAGCGAAAGUCCAGUUCAUCCUUCCCAACUGGUACGGCCACGAUCCCAAAAAUGACAACUUGUGUGAGGACAGUCUACUGGCUCAAAAUCGCGACGCAGCGUGUAAUGAGGUGAAGAAGCUGGGUGUAAGCUCGUACUUCCUGCUGGCAAGUGGAUUUUGGUAUGAAUGGAGUUUGUCCGGGGGGCCGGAUCGCUAUGGAUUCGAUAUCAAGAAGCGUUCUCUAGUCUUGUUCGACGGCGGUGAGACGCCAAUGAACACAACGACAUGGCCUCAGAGUGGGAGAGCGAUUGCGAUUUUGCUGAGCUUGAAGAUUGCUCCUGAUAAUGCAGAAGAUCGGUCCCCCGCGCUUUCGCGGUUCCGAAACAGCCCAGUAUAUAUUUCCAGCUUCCGGGUAACUCAACGCGACAUGUUCGAGAGUGUGAAGCGUGUUACAAGAACGACAGAUGCUGAUUGGAGCAUCAGUCACGAGACCUCGGAGCAGCGCUGGAAAGACAGUAUGGGCGAGAUAAAGAAGGGCAACUUCGGCGCUUUCACGAAGAUGCUGUAUAGUCGAGCUUGGUUUCCGAAUGGGGAUGCUGACCACGAGACUUCCCGCGGGCUUGCUAAUGAAUUGCUUGGGCUACCGGUUGAGUGUCUCGAUGAGUGGACGGCUGUUGCAGUUCGUAUGGCGCAAAACGAUGAUGUUCCGUGGAUCAUGCACUAG